GGUAGUGUAAGCGACCGCAACUCGGAGAGCGGAGAAAAACACAUAAACAAAAGUAUUCCUCUGCAGAUCAACAUGAAUAAAGGCAAGAUAUCAUUUGGAAAAAUAGGCUUAAGCCUAGGAAAGCCAAAAGAGCCAGAGCAGUCUUCACCAGAAGAACCGAGUAAUAAGGAGGAGAAAAACGAAGCAAGUGGAGGUUUUGGUUCAUUUGGAAAGUUUCAGCAUCAGAAGGAACAGGAAAAGCCGAGUGAAGAUGAGAUGGCAGCAAUGAUGGGAUUUUCUGGUUUUGGCAAGAAAGCAAAGGAGUUUGAUAUCGACACAUUAGUAGAAGAAACACGGAAGUCUGCAAUUGAUAGAAAUAAAACAAAUAUAGAAAAAUUGCUAACACAAAAUGCAGCAAAACCUGACAGCUCUCCGUCUACAAAAGCAAAGACUGCAGAAUCAGCUGUAACAGAAGACGAUGAAGAUGAUGACUUUGUGGGACCUCCUCUUCCCCCAGGAAUGAGUAUUGAUAAAUCGGGCAGUGCACCUGCUGAAGAUGUGGAGGAUGAUGAGGAACAGAGGCGCCACAUGCCAAUCUCACAUGAGUUGGUCCUUGAGCAUGGAACCAAAACAGUCUCUGGCCUAGCAGUGGAUCCCUCAGGCUCUAGGCUGGUUAGUGGAGGCUUGGAUUAUGAUGUUCGCUACUGGGAUUUUCAGGGUAUGGACCAGUCACGUGAAGCAUUUAGAUCAUUCUGCCCAGCUGAUGGUUACCCAGUUAAUAGUGUUGAGUAUAGCUGUACAGGUGAUAAAGUUCUGGUUGUAUCAGGGUCUCAGCAAGCUAAAGUAUAUGACCGUGAUGGAAUAGAGUUAUUUGAGUGUGUUAAAGGAGAUAUGUAUUUACAUGACAUGGCAAAGACAAAGGGGCACAUAGCAGGCCUUACCUGUGGAACUUGGCAUCCCAAAGACAAGGAGGAAUUUCUGACUGCAGCAAGGGAUGGGACUUGUCGUAUUUGGCACACAAGCAGUCCACAUUGUCAAAGACAUGUCAUCAAAGCAAGAGCUUCCAAUGGUCUGAAAACACAGCCCACCACUUGUGCUUAUAGCCGUGAUGGGAUAUUGGUAGCUUGUGCUUGUGAUGAUGGAUCAAUACAGAUGUGGGAUCAUCGAAAGACUUUUGUAAAUGUAAGUAUUAAUGUUAGAAAUGCUCAUGAUAGGGGAAGUGAAACCUCAAGGUUGGUAUUUUCAUAUGACAACAAAGGUUUUGCAACAAGGGGAGGUGAUGACACUCUGAAGCUAUGGGAUAUUCGUAAAACAAAACAAGCUGUGCAUGUAGCAACUGGGCUCUUUAACAGAUUCAGUAUGACAGAUUGUGUAUUCAGCCCCAGUGAUCAGCUAGUUGUAACAGGGACAUCACUUAAUAAGGGAGAAUCUUCAGGGAAACUGUUAAUGUACAAUCGUAAUACAUGGGACAUUGUUAAAGAGCUGGAAGUGGGUCCUAGUCAUGUAGUUAAAAUAGUUUGGCAUCCAAGACUGAAUCAACUCAUGGUUGGUUGUGGUGACGGAAAAGUACGUUUAUUAUAUGAUCCUAAGACUUCUCAUAAUGGAGCAGUACUAGUAGCUGGCAAACACAAAAAACGAUCAAAGCAAGCUGAAGUUGUAGUAUCACAACAGAUCAUAACCCCACAUGCCCUCCCCAUGUUCCGUGAAGAGAGACACAAGUCCACAAGGAAACUGGAGGAGCGGGACAGAAAAGAUCCAGUGAGGUCUCAGCAGCCAGAUCUUCCUGUGGGCAAAGCAGGCUCAGGAGGGCGAGUGUCUGCAGGAGGAUCUACCCUGUCUUCAUACAUCAUCCGUAAUAUGGGUCUUCGCAGGAAAGUUCAAGAAGAAGGUGACCCAAGGGAAGCACUUCUAAAAUAUGCAAAAGAUGCAGCCGAAAAUCCUUACUGGGUUACUCCUGCGUAUGCAAAAAAUCAGCCAAAUCCAAUUUUCCAAGAAGCACAAGAGCAAGAUAACAAAGAUUCCGAGGAGGAAGAACCUGCCACCAAGAAAAUGAAAUCUGUUUGAUAACCAAAUGUUUACAUGUACAAUAUUUAAGGGAUUGUUUAUUUUUUAUUCCUUUUCAUGGGUAUUGCAUUUGUACAAGUACAAAGUGAGAUAUUUCCAUACAAGGUAUAAGAUAAUGUUAGAAAUUAUGCAGAGAUAUGUUAAAAAUUGUAAUACAUUUAUUAUACUUUUAAGAUAUUACUUUCUCGAAAUUUAGUGUAUUCUUGAAAGAUGUUUAUGCUGCCCACAGAUAUUAAUGUUAAUAAAGAUGAAAUCAAUUUA